UUGUUAGUUAGUUUGCUUUAAUAUGACCUAAAUAGAGCAUACGAUUGUUAAUGGAGCUCCUCACCACAAAGAGUAAAAAGCGCUGGUGCUAGUGAUUUCGGUGUUCCACCUAACCCUAGUGUCUGUAUUAAGCCUUAAAAUGCCGUUGAGAAGUUUCUAUAAACUCUCUAAAAAUGUGGUACGCUUCUCUAGUACUACAAAUAAGGUAACCGUACGGGAUGCUUUAAAUUUAGCUUUAACAGAGGAGCUAGAAAGAGAUGAAAAUGUCAUAUUAAUUGGAGAAGAAGUCGCUCAAUUUCAAGGGGCUUACAAGAUUACUCGUAAUUUACUGGAUCAGUUUGGCCCUGAGCGUAUUAUUGACACACCUAUAACAGAAAUGGGUUUUGCUGGAGUAGCAGUCGGUGCUGCCUUUAAAGGUUUGCGACCCAUCUGCGAAUUUAUGACUUUCAACUUUGCUUUACAGGCCAUCGACCACAUUAUUAAUAGCGCAGCAAAAACCUUUUAUAUGUCUGGAGGAAGACUUUCUUGCCCUAUUGUAUUUCGUGGCCCUAACGGCGCCGCAGCUGGCGUUGCUGCGCAACAUUCCCAGUGUUUUGCUGCAUGGUACGGUUCUGUUCCGGGUUUAAAGGUUUUAUCCCCCUGGUCUGCCGAGGACUGCAAGGGCCUCUUGAAAGCCUCUGUAAGAGAUCCCGAUCCUGUGGUGUUUUUGGAAAAUGAGAUAUUGUACAAUGAAACAUUUUACGUCGGUAAGGACUUCGCCUCCAAGGACUUUGUGCUGCCCAUAGGGAAAGCCAAGAUUGAAAGAGAGGGGGUAGACGUUACUUUAGUAGCACACUCUUUAGCCGUUGGUCUCUGUCUUCAAGCCGCAGAAAAACUGGAAAAAGAAGGCGUUUCUGCUGAGGUUAUCAAUCUCCGGUCUAUCCGCCCACUGGAUAUAAAGACGGUUAUUGGCUCUAUUAUGAAAACUAGCCGGCUGGUAACGGUCGAGGGCGGGUGGUCCCAUUUUGGCAUUGGGGCAGAGAUUAGCGCGCGAAUAAUGGAGUCUGAAGCCUUCUAUUAUCUAGACGCUCCGGUCUAUAGGUGCUCUGCGGCUGAUGUACCAGUAGCAUACGCUAAGAACCUGGAAGAGUCUUCUAGUAUUCAGUUAUCAAAUAUUGUUAAGUCUGUAAAGCGUGUACUACACCGAGACUGAAAAUUUUGGGGCUCAAACUUUUAGCUUAUAUAUAU